AUGUCAUCCAGCAGCGACUCCCCGAUAAACACGCCCAUAUUCGACGCAAACAUGCUACCAUUCUCAGAUGCACGCACCGACUCACGGUCGGAAUCACGGACCGCCUCAGACGAUAUUGUACCCAAAAUCGAGGAAUGUGAAGUAGAUUUGGCAGAUGUAAAGGAAGAGCCAGGCGCAGAGGAACCACCUAUUUCACCUACGGAACCCCAACAAGUGCGAAAACGACGCGGGCGCCCUCGCAUAUAUCCUCCUCGUUCCCCGACCACGUCGUCGAAGAAUACAAAGGCGCGGUCAAAGACUGGAUGCGCAACUUGUCGCAGACGGAAGAAGAAGUGUGAUGAGACAAAACCAUUCUGCUUGUCUUGCCAGAAGAAUAAUAUUCACUGCGAAGGCUACAAGCCCGUAGAAAUAUGGAAGAGUGGAAAAGAGCGGGCAGCAGAAGCCCGGAGAACCUCCGUCGAUAUCAAAUUUGAGCUCCCUCCUCUCAUGGAAGGCGUAGAGAACGACCUAGAUCGUCUUCUCUUACAACAUUUCGUUAGCAGAGCGAGUUGCGUUCUCAGCUUGCACGGCGAUCAGUCAACCAAUCCUUUCACCAGGAUCCUUCUGCCAAUGGCACUUCGACAUGAAGGGCUAAUGCACUCUGUGCUGUGUCUGUCCGCAUCACAUCUAUGUUCGCUAAAUCCGUCGCAAGAAUACGAGGACAGACAAACGCACCACAGGGGGAAGGCACUACAUUUGCUCAACCAGGAUCUAGAACGACACAAAGCCGGCCAAGGAGGUUCUAUGAUUUAUGAGGAUUCUAACGUUGCUCAGAUAUUGCUACAUUUGCUGCAUUCGAUUUGCGAUGGGAACACGUCUGGUGAAUACAGGAUGCAUAUGCUAGCCGCGAAGAGAAUAUCGAUGACGCAAAAGUCGAAGAAUCCGGAAUUUCAGAGUCUUUUCGACGAGUUCUUCUACUAUCACUGGAUUGCGAGUCAGAUCACAUCUCUGGAUGGCCAUGAGGUUCCGAUGAUGGAGGACUUCCAACUUCCUUUCCAGAUCAACCCGGAAACAGCGGCGCUGAUUGGGGUAUCUGACGGCUUGUUCGGAUUUAUCUCGAAGAUUAGUAAUUUGCGACGCAAGAUUCGGGCUCGUAUAGACAAUCAUCUGGAUCCGACUAUGGACUACGAAGCAUUGCUUGCCACGCACGCGAUCGACUCUGGUUUACGCAGCUGGGUAUGUCCGCAGACGCCAGGUACUCCUCGAUACACCAUUUCCAUGUUAUACAGACAAGCCACAUGGGUUUAUUUGUAUCGAACUACAAAGGAGUCCCGCCCACAUCCAUAUAUCAAAGACGCCGUUGACGACGGAAUCAAGUAUAUCAACGAGCUACCCGCUGAGGGUUGGGUACAGAGCAAUGUACUACUACCGUUGUUUCUAAUUGGAUGCGCUGCGUUUGAAGAAGAGCAGCGCGUUGAGAUCAACAGAGCCUUUAUGGGUUUAACAGCAUGUACUGGACUUGGAAACAUUGGAUUUGCGAAAGAAGUCGUUGACAAAAUCUGGGAGUUAAUGGACGCCGACGACGCCGAAUCAUGGGACUGGGAGAAAAUCAUCAACACCAAAGGAUGGGAUUUCCUCGCGACUUGA